GUUAUUGUUUGUUUAUUUAUUUAUUUAAAUACGGUACAUUGGUAAAAAGAUAUACCAACGUGAGCUUGCAAGCUCGUCACCGUCAGUGCAAUAAAAAAACAAAAACAGUUCUUAAUUGCUUGUCAGUGUUGCUGCAUUCGCUCAAGGGUUCAUCAAGGGUCGUUUUUCCUAAGACACAAGAACAGUGAAACGUGGCAACAAGUUGCAGGACGCUGCGAAUGAAAAGUUACAACUACAAGGUUCUGACAACAGCCCCUUGAGAUGGGAGAAACAGAGUAUGUCUUUGUCACUGGCGGGGCAGGAUACAUCGGUAGCCACACGGUUCUGGAGCUACUAAACAAGGGUUACCAGCCUGUAGUCAUGGACAACUUCUCAAAUUCCUGUAAAGGCUGUGAUAGUGCUUCCCAACGUGGCAUUCCAGAGAGUUUGGUACGGGUUGAACAGCUGACAGGAAAGGAGAUAAUCUUCUUCAAAGCUGACAUAUUAGACAAGUCUGCUCUCAGAAAAGUGUUCAGUAAGUACAACUUUCUUUGCGUGAUUCACUUUGCGGGACUGAAGGCUGUAGGGGAAUCCAGUACGAUACCUAUGUCCUACUAUAGAGUCAACGUGGGAGGAACCAUCAAUCUAGUCGAGGUCAUGAAGGAGUUUGGAGUUCACAAUCUGGUGUUCUCGAGCUCUGCGACGGUUUAUGGAGAACCCCAGUACCUGCCUCUGGACGAAUGCCACGCGGUGGGAUCUUGCACGAACCCGUAUGGCAAGACCAAGUACUUCAUCGAAGAGAUCCUUAAAGAUCUACAUCAUGCGGAACCGAACUGGAACGUCUUCUUGCUGCGCUACUUCAAUCCCGUCGGGUCUCACGCGUCUGGUCGCAUCGGAGAAGACCCGCUUGAUGCCCCCAACAACCUGAUGCCCUACGUCUCGCAGGUCGCCAUCGGGCGGCGCCCCCUGCUGAGCGUUUUCGGCGACGACUACCCGACAACAGACGGAACAGGAGUGAGGGAUUACAUCCACGUAGUUGACUUGGCAGUUGGGCAUGUGGCUUGUUUGAAAAAAUUGCACGACAACCCAGGACUGAAGAUAUACAAUCUUGGUACUGGGCAAGGCUACUCUGUUCUAGAGAUGGUAAAAGCCUUUGAGGCAGCAUCGGGCCAAAAGGUACCUUAUAAGGUUGUUGGCAGGCGAUCAGGAGACGUGGCAUCAGUUUACGCCGCCACCACACUAGCUUACGAGGAACUAGGAUGGAAAGCAGAACGAGGGCUGGCUGAGAUGUGUACAGACCUGUGGAGGUGGCAGUCAAGCAAUCCGAAGGGCUUUGCAAGUACUGUUGAUUAAUGUUUAACUUACACCACAAAGCAAGGAUGUGAAUGGAGAGAAGUGAUCACAUUUUUAUUAUGCAAAUGGCCUUUUAGUUUUUAGCUGGUUUGUAAUCGUUGUGAUUAUCAGCACUGGUUAUUAAUCUUCGAUUAAUAUUUUAUAGGUGAAUAGCUAUUAAGAUAAAUAUUUGGUUGAGGGAAUCCAUGACUAUGAGUAUGUAUUAGAAAGCAAAUGAUCACAGUAUGCAUUCACUUAGUAUCAUAGCACAUCAAUCACAUUUAUCAAAUGGAUAUUUAUGGAUAGUUAAGUCUUUCAUCUACCAAGGUAUUUUUAAUUAAGAACACUUACCAUCCAUUAUGUACGUUGCUUCCAAUAAUCAACUUGUAAGAGAUGGUAAUGUUAUUGAACCACAGUGCAAUCCACCUGCCUUUUGUAAUUAUAAUCUAAUCUGGUAAUAACCAAGAUAGAAGCUUCUCAUUUUAAAACAAGACAGAUGGUUACUAUAACGUCUUAAUUUUGAUUAGACACAUUAUUUCUACCUUGUGUUUGUCUGCUUUCCCUUAGCUCGAUUAGGCACAUUAGCCACUAAGACAACAAAAAAACAUUUGACUUUUAUAUCAUGAUACUGCUAGACCUCACUUGUGUUUUCUAAUUUUUUCCAUAUAUGGUGUUGGUGAGACAACUGUAUAGGGCAGGUGGCAUUUGUGCACUAAAUUGUUUUUAAUUCUGAUUGCAGAAAUAACUUACUGGGCUGUUUCUGCAUAAGUAGUUUAUUGCUAUUUUUAAUCAUGUAUAAUAUCCUAUGGAGGUGGCCUACAUCAUUUAUUUCUUGGCACUAACUGGACGUGAUGCGGCACAUGGAUUGACA